AGCAGCCGGUGCUCCUCCAUGCACAGGCGGCCAACCGUCACCUCUGAUAAGGCUGCAGCAGAAGAGCACAGCACAGGCAGCCGCCGGAGCUCCGCCCAGCUCCAUCCCGCCGGUCAAACCCACACUCACACACACACACACACACACUCAGAGCGACACGCUUGGAAACACUUGACUUCGCGGGUGUAGGAGUUAUUUUGGAAGCGAUUAAACCUGCAAAAUCGGGCGGAACAGACUGCAGUUCACAGGAGGGCACGGAGCUCGGCGCACAGAGAGGAAUAUGUCAUAGAAGACAUUUGCCACAUCGGUUAGUGCAGUGGAUGGUAAUGAUCAUCACCAGCAGAGUCUGCCUAGGAAUGUCCAUGCAGCCAGAGAAGCGAUUCUGCCAGAAAUCACAUGCAUGUUUAUUGAUGUGGACCCCAUACGUAUAUCCCACAGGUUUACAUUGAGGCCUCAGAGCAGACGUCUUUCCACACACGCCAUACCAAACCCAGGAGGAAAAGACAGACAGCCAGUCACAAUGCUUGAUCUGACAUUGACUUGAGUGCCAGCCAGGCAUACUCUAACAGAUGAGGAUGAUGAUGAUGAUGAUGAGGAAACUACUGCGCUAGUGCCAGAUGGUUUGGGAAUGAUGGACGUCCCUAAUGGCCAACCCAGCAUCUCCACUUUAACCACUACUGCCUCGGAGAGGAGCAGCAGCUCAGAGUCUCUGAGCGAGAAGGGCUCGUCUGAGCUGAAGAAGAGUUUUGAUGCUGUCGUCUUUGAUGUGCUGAAGGUCACGCCAGAGGAAUAUGCAGGUCAAAUUACUCUCAUGGAUGCUCCAGUGUUCAAAGCCAUCCAACCCGAGGAACUCUCGAGUUGUGGCUGGAACAAGAAAGAGAAGCACAGUUCAGCUCCUAAUGCCGUGGCCUUCACACGCAGGUUCAACCAGGUGAGUUUCUGGGUGGUGCGGGAGAUUCUUCAUGCACAAACUCUGAAGAUCCGAGCUGAAGUUUUAAGUCACUACAUCAGAACAGCCAAGAAACUGUGUGAUAUGAAUAAUCUCCAUGCGGUGAUGGCUGUAGUGUCUGGCCUACAGAGCGCUCCCAUCUUCAGACUGACCAAGACGUGGGCACUGCUGAGUCGUAAGGAUAAGGCUACGUUUGAGAGGCUGGAGUAUCUGAUGGCUAAAGAGGACAACUACAAGAGACUGCGAGACUACAUCAGCAGCCAGAGCAUGACCUCCUGCAUACCUUACCUAGGUAUGUACCUGUCUGAUCUGACCUACAUCGACUCAGCGUAUCCCUCCACCGGCAGCAUUCUGGAGAAUGAGCAGCGCUCCAACCUGAUGAACAACAUCUUGAGAAUCAUCUCAGACCUCCAGAGAUCCUGUGAAUAUGAUAUACCAGAAUUGCCUCACGUCCAGAACUAUCUUAACUCAGUUCACUACAUCGAGGAGUUACAGAAGUUUGUGGAGGACGACAACUACAAGUUGUCUUUAAAGAUUGAGCCAGCCACCAGCACCCCCCGUGCAACUGCCUCUAGAGAAGACCUUGUAGGUCCUGAUGCCACCGGCUCGCCGUUAUGCGGUCGCCGUGGCAACAUGGCCGAAGGCGCCCUACCCAAAGUCCCACCCACACCACCUUCCCCACGCAACCUUCUCCCGUACGGACACAGGAAGUGUCACAGCCUGGGAUACAAUUUUAUUCAUAAGAUGAACACGGUGGAGUUUAAGAGCGCUACAUUCCCAAAUGCUGGGUCCAGACACCUGCUGGAUGACAGCGUGCUGGAGAGCCAUACACCCACAAGGGGCCAAGCCGAGAGCUCCACCCUGUCCAGCGGCAUCUCGCUGGGAAGCAGUGAAGGCUCUGAAUUGAGUGAAGAAAUGUCUUGGCCUGCUUUUGAGAGGACUCGUUUCUACCACUCUUUGGGCCCAGUCACGCGAGUGGGCCGCAUGUCAUGCAGAGGAGGGCUGAGGCCCAGCAGCUCUGCAGAGUCAGAGGAGUUAGCAGUGCACCUGUACCCCGGAGCAGUGACUGUUCAGGGAGUGUUACGCAGGAAGACCCUCCUCAAGGAGGGCAAGAAACCCACGGUGGCUGCAUGGACUAAGUACUGGGUAGCUCUGUGUGGUACUCAGCUCUACUAUUACACUGCCAAAUCUCUCAAAGCCACAGAGAGGAAGCAUUUUAAAUCCACUUCUAGUAAGUGCGUGUCGGUUGUGGGCUUGAUGGCCAUGAUGGCAGAUGAUCCAGAGCAUCCUGACGUCUUCCUGCUGACUGACUCUGAGCACGGAAACUCUUAUAAGUUCCAGGCAGGGAACAGAAUGAAUGCUCUGCUGUGGUUCAAACAUCUGAGUGCAGCAUGUCAGAGUAACAGACAGCAGGUCCCAGCUAAUCUAAUGUCGUUUGAAUGAAAGGACAGAUGAGCCGGAGAGAGAGAGAGAGAGAGAGAGAGAGAGAGAGAGCUGUUAAAAGGUGGUUUCUGAAGUACGGGAGGAGUGGAGGGGAGUGGAGGGAAAGGGAAGAGAAGAGAAGAAGAGUGGAGAGUGAACACUUUUAACGGUAGCUUUCCCACUGCCAUCACCCAGCCUGAGUCACGCAGGGAAGCCCUCCAACCACCACUGCCUUAAAGAGUGGUGUGGGUGUGUGUGUGUGUGUGUGUGCGAGUGUGUGUGUGUGUGUGUGUGUGUGUGUGUGUGUGUGUGUGUGUGUGUAUGACUGCUCCACUGGACUGGAGGAUUUGAACCCUCUCUUCUUUACCCUCUCCUUUUCUCUCUUUUUUUUCUUUUUUUUUUCUUAUUUACUUAUUCUUUCCUCUGUUUUUUUCUUCUUAACUUUCCACCCUUUCUUAAUCCCCCUUGCUUUCCUUUUUUCCUUUAUCUAUUUUUUUCCAAUUUUUAUUAUUCCUUUUCCUUUUUUUUUCUCUCUCCCUCCUUGGCUUUCGUGUUCUCUUUAAAUUUUCUUGUCCCUGCCUUCUUCACACUCUCUCCAUACUAAAGUCCCAAGCGAGGAACUCUGCACUCCCUCCACCAGGACUUCACUCCUCCUCCUCCUCCUCCUCUUCCUCCAUCUUCUCAAGCCCGUUCCUGAAGUCAGCGUUCAGCAUUCAGACGCCUGGAUCUUAACCCCUCCGCUCACUUCUUCGCUUGUUCUGAUUUUGAUGAACACAUUAUUUGUACAUUAAAUGAGUCCCCGUUUCCUCUCUGUCCUUCUUGGAUUACUGAACUCUGGGGAAGGAAGAGGGGGGUCCUUUCUGAGAGUCAAGCCCAAGCAGGGGUCACCCUACAGGGGGUAAAAAAAAAAAAAUCUGAACUGUUCCUCCUGCUCCUUCUCCACAAUGAAGCUGGACACUUCUUCAGGACCUUCUACAAAGGAGACCAUUUUUUAAAAAGGGGAGUGUUUGUCACGUGUGGACAAAACUCUCGCACACUCAUUUAACACAUACACACACACAUACACGCACACACACACUCACUCUCUCGCACAAGUAGUUGAUUGACUUUUCACACACUUGAGUUGGGCUCAAGCAAGCAUGACACAAGCACAUUUUCCACAUGCAGGUUUUAACUGCAGCGAGUGGGAAGUGUCUCGCUUGUUCAAAACAACUGCAACACUCGCAACCAAACGACAAAGGGCUCUGAUACUCGAUGAACACCAGACGAAAAGUAUUCCCCAACUCUUCUUGAAUGUCUGAUUCACGUUUUUUGGGUGUUAUUUUUUUUUAUAUCCUAUGAAUUUGUGUAAAAUACUUACACCUACACAAGUACACACGUGCACACGAACACACAAGUAGUGUUUGAGAUAAGGGAGCUUUCUUACACUGAGACCAGAGGCGCGUAGCCAUCUGUUGGAAAGAAGUACAAGGUUUAGAGCUGGGAGAGAACGUAUGUGAGAGAAUGACUGAACGGAACGGUGGUGGUGAAGAUGAUGAUGAUGAUGAUGAUGAUGAUGAUGAUGAUGGUGAUGAUGCAAGAACUGAGUUUGGGUGUGCAAGUGCGGCGCAGUGUGUAUGAACCGAUGAGGUUUUCUUUGUUGUUGUUUUUUUUUUAUAUAUAUAUAGCAGGUGCUCUUCAUGGUACAACUGAGGCAAAACAGGCCUCUAAACAGGGUCCUAUGUAUAGUUUAAAUCUCUCUCGUUUUCUCAUUCUUUCUCUCUCAUAAAUUAUAGGCUGACCUCAGACGCGGUCAGACGUCCACCGGGAACACAAACCUUUUCAUCGUCACUUGAAAGCUGUGAAUGUUUAUUGGUUUCUUGCCUGUAAAGUCAAGCGAUUUAUCUGCAGUGUCUCGCACCAGUAGAUCAGUCUUCAUAUCAGACAGGAUUAACAGGCUGUCACUUGAAGGGUACGUGUGAGCAUAGUGUGUCCAUCAGUCCUUUAGCGGAAUUCUCAAGUCCAAAACUGAAAGCUACCCAGGAGCCAUUUCUGUUUUUUUUUUUUUCUUUCUCUAUUUUAUUUAGUUUACUGAGUUGUGUCGGUUUAUUUUAUUUGCAGUAUUACUCGGGUAGAUCACGUUGCACACAGGUCUAGGUUGUUUUAAUUGUCUGUUACAUUGAAUUUAUUUUUUUCUGUUUUAGUUUUUUUUGACAUGUUUUAAUGUGUUUUUGUGUUGGAUUUUAUUUUGCUAGUUUUUGCCUUUUGUAUGUGUAACCAAGUGGGAGUUUACUAAUACAGCACAGCGGCUACACUGCCUGUGUUUAGUGCUUAGCAUCAAAGGAAAGGAAGGCUAGACAGCGAUGAGAAAGUUCUUGAUGGUUUUUAAAUGGUCACACUGGUGUGUGUCUCAGACUACUAUGUGUAAUACCUGUAGAAACCAGUUGAUAAGAAGCUUUUUUUUUGUCCUCAUGCAGUCUGACAAGCGCCUCCAUGUUCUGCUGCGUAUCUGGUUCUGUUCAGAGCAAGAGAGGAGAUGAGAGCGAGGGAUUCGCUCAGAACAAAUGAUGAGCAGAACUGUUAAUGCUUAUGCUUUAAAAAUGAAGACAUCAUGGAGGAAUGCCAAGAAAUAACCACAGUGGUUCCCUAAAGAGCUCCUCCCAGUAAAUAACCAUAUACCAACCAUUACUCCCUUUAGGAAGAAAUCAGUUACAUUUUUUAUAGAUUUUUUUUACGUUUAAGGAAACUAAAAUAUACUUUACUUGAACUUUCUAAAAGGCACUUAAAAUAACAUAACAUAUAACAAUAAAGAAAAUAUUGAUUUCUUAGUAAAUAUUCUGAUUCCCAAAAAGGAACAAUUGGUUGAUCUAUGGUUACUAAUGUAGAGGCUCAAUUGAUUGCAACAGUUUUAAUGCAUCAAAGGUAAUGACUUUAUGGCAUAACUCUAAAUAACCAUUUUUGGCACUUGUCAUUUUAGGAGUUUAGUAGAAAAUAGGCAGAAAAUAUAAUCUUCCAUCUUUUUUUUUUCUUUUUUUUUUAUAUAUAUAUAUAAUUUUCCACACCAGUAGAUGAUUUCAUUUCUUCAGGAUGUGCUCUUUUCUCCAGUCACUUGUUUUUCUCCCUCUUGCAAUGUUCUCUAAAUGUGGCAGACCCUUUUUUUUUUUUUUAGAUACAGUGAUCAAAAUAAUCCUUUAUUAUUAUGUUUUUCUCCUUAUGCUCCUCAGUCAGCUCUCACAAAGUGAACAAGGGCACUGAAGAUGCUCACUUGUACUGAAGAGUAUUAGAAGCUCAUCAUUGCUCUGCUUUGCUUCAUUAAGAGUUUUAUAUUUUUCUUUUUAAAAUGGUUAAAAGCUUUGAGGGAACUUGUGGGAAUAAACGUUCAGGAGCAGAAAUGUGAAAUAAUAGUAAUAAUAGUGUGCUAAACGUGUUUCAGUGCUCUAAAGGCCAGAAUACACUGAGCACACCAGUGUUUCUCAGUCCUGAUCCUGGAGGCACCAUUUCUUGCACAUUUAGUGCUUCCCCAACACACCUGAUUCCACUAAUCAACUAAUUAACAAGUGUUUCCUGAGUGUCAGGGAUGUGUGUUAAAGUUUGGAAUACACUAAAAUGUACAGGAUGGUUGCCUUUCAGUACCAGGAUUAAGAAACACUGGACCAGACUAAUAUGAUUUAACAUAAUUCUAUAUUUUUGUUUUCCAAAUCAUUGGUUCUUAAGCUGGUCUUGCUCUACGGUAGCAAAACUGUGGACUGUCUAAGAAUCUCGGACUGGGUCCAACAGAUUCAUUGCCCUAAGAAACCUUCAAAUGGAUGGGCAGAACUUUAUAGAAGCUUUAGUGUAAAUGCUUAAUGAGCCUCUAAAUCAUUUAAAUAUUCUAGAAAAUAAAAAAAACUUUUGGAACCUUUAAAAACAAUGUAUUUACACUUACAGAUCUCCUUUUGAGACAGUGAUGUUAAGGGAACUGAAAUUGGUUCUUUUUGUCCCUUUUUUAUAGUGUAGGAGUGUCUUAAGUCACGAUGUCUUUUUGAUGGUGAUUUUUUUUAUUUUUACAUAGGUUCCACAUAAGGAUUAAGGUCAAUAGCAUGAAGACCUGCAGCCACACCGGCCCUUUACAAAUAAUACCUCAUGGUCUUUAUGGUUUAAGGGCUUACUGCUUUUCUGCAUUUAUAAGCUGCUGUUUAAGCUUUUUAUUUAAAGAAUGUGUUAAUUCUUCCAUUGGGUUCAGAGAAGUCUCAGAACGCAUUAAUGCAAAAGGGGAAAUAAACAAUAAUUGAAUUGAAUUGAACUGUUAAAGAGCCACGUUGGCUUCAGUGGAGAGUUUUGCCAGUGGCUGUUUUUGGCUUAAGCUUCGUGUCCAGGUGAAGCAGAGCAGCUAUAGUGGUUCACACAGGGAACGUGUGGGAGGUUGGGACAGGCGAGUUAACUUCAGUGUGUGGCUGAACAGCUUGCAGUGUGUCGCCGUGCUUCAGCACACAGAGACUCACUCACACAAACACACACACAGAGAGCCACAGGCAAGUGAACAGGGUGACAGGUGAGAGUUUUACUGCUUUUCACACACUGACAGACUGCCCGGAAGAGGAGAGAAAAAAGAGAUAGUGUGUGGAGAGAAAGAGGAAACAGAAAAAAGAGCAAUAACUGUUGUCAGCCACGUCAUCCAAUCCAAUAGCAGUUGAGAGAACUAUGAAGAACUCUGACCUUGUCCACUUCAUGCACGUCAUGGUCAAGUGGUCACAGACUAUUUGUCACUCAUCCCCUCUACCCAUCCUUUGCUUUGAUGUCUUAUAAAAAGCCUUUUCAUCAGCUUGCUUUUAGCUGCUAACAUAUAAAAACCAAAGGGCAGAAAUGAAAACAACUGAAAAUACACUGUCAAGUGUGGAGAAAACAGUGACUGGAGGAACAAAAGCUACCACUGUAACUCAUCUUAUUUUUCUUUUCUUUAUUUUUUUCCUCUGCACUAUCCGAGUGUCUGCCAAGUACAGUUGGACAUGGAGAGCUAUUCAGACAAGUUAUGCAAUAUUUGAAAGCAGAAAUUGGUCCAAGCGCAUUUGGUUAAUCGAUGUCAUUGUACACCCAGCCACUGUGUAAAUCUGUGAGUUUACGUUCUGCUAUUGAAUGGGAACAUUUCUGUUUUUAUUUGUGGUUUAUGUUGUAUUUUUUCCUUUCCUUCAUGUUGUUUUUUCUUCCCAUCUCGCUAAACUUGUUACAUUUGUCGAGAAUACCCUGUGUGUCACACAUGCAUUAUAUUAUAAUUUGAACUAACACACUGUGUUAUGUGUACAGUAUACAAUACACAAAUGCACAGAAAAGAGACAUUUGUCUCUCCGGUGUGUUUCUAUUUUUAUGGAAGCCCAUUUCUGCCACUUGGGAGGAAAAAAAGACUAUAUAAUUUUAUUUCUCAUUUUUAUGCCACUUUCUCCCCAACCCACUCAUUAGGACUCCCCCAUCACUGGUGAUGCCUCCUUCGAUACAUGUGCAGUCAGCCACUGCCUCUGAUUCUGUUCCCAAUACAGCAGCUCGCAGACGCCUUGUGCUGAUCACCAUCACCCUUUAGAGUGAUGAGGGGAAAGAGCACCAUCUACCCACCCAGAGAGAGCAAGGCCAAUUGUGCUCUCUCGGGGCUCCGGUAGCUGAUGGCAAGCUACAUAAACAGGAUUUAAACUAGCGAUCUCCUGAUCAUAGUGGCAGCACCUUAUUUGCAGGACCACUCGGAGCCCCAAUAAGGAGUAAAUUUAAAUGGCUGUAAGUUAUCAUUGAGAUACAAUUCAGACACUAAGUCAUAAUUUUGAGAUAGUAUAAGAUACUGAGUCACAAUUAGUCAUUGAGUUACUAGGUCAUGAGAUACAGCCAUAAUUAAUUGGAAUAGUAAGUGAACGAAUGUUUGCUGAGUCAAUGAAGACAGCAAGAUCUUGUAAUGAGUUUCUCAUAUAAGACACAAAGUCAUUAUUACUAGAUGCUUAUUUAUUCUUUCGUUUUACGACUUUAUUACUUACAAGACUCACUAAAUGGCAGUGGCAGAGAUGGGCUUCCAUAUUCCUGUAGCUUUUCCUUUUGCUCUAUUGGCUUUUAGUGGGAUGGGACAGACACAGAGUGUUGAUGAAAAGAUUUGUCUUGUGUGUGUAUGAAUGUUAAUCAUUCAGUCACGAUAUCAGUGAUGUCAUUCUGUACCGUCCCACUUCCCCUCCCUCCUCCUGUAGCCUGCAUUGCUGAACCCAAAGCUUGAGCACUAUGACCUCUAAAGACAGAGUGACGUGCUUGCAGCUUCUUUACAGGUUCAGAAAAAAAAAGCAUCAAAUAAACACUUGAGUUCCUUUUUUCUAAACCCUUCUAAUGCUUUGGUUUUUUUUUUUUUUUUUUUUUUUUGCCGAAAGCCGCUCAUCAUACAUCAAGUCCUCUGUGUGUUUGAAUGCGGGUGAACUGGCUUUCUUAUACACUGCAGUUUGUGUAUGCCUGGGUCUGAGCGCUUGCACAUAAGCUGGUGUUGUAACACUCAUGGUUUCUAAUCAAACAAUAAAAAAAUGACAGAAUUAUUAA